AUGCGGAUGCGCGUGCGAGGGCCCGAGGGCCAGUCAACAGUGUCUCUGGACGAGUCCGCCACCGUCCGCGAUCUUCGAAUGCAAAUUGCAGAGAACACUGGCCUGGCUUCCUUCGAGGUGAAAUAUGGAUACCCAAAUCUCAAGCCUUUGGAACUCGAACAGUUCCAAUCCGAUCAAAAAAUUACGGAUCUUGGGGUCAAUUUAAACGGCGAACAGCUGAUUGUCGCGCAGCGACAGGGAGCUGCCCGACCUAAUGAUCCGCCAGUCAACCCACCGGGCCCUGCCAUCCCACAGCCUUCGCAACAACCAUCUUCGAUGUCGCAAAGACCAGUGUCAACUGCAGAUGACCCUCCAGAGAUUGCCUCGCCCGAACAUGCCGGUACAUUUGUGCUUCGGGUCAUGCCUGAUGACAACUCGUGUCUCUUCCGAGCAGUAGGCGCUGCGGUUAUGGGUGAUAUGGAUACUAUGGUCGAGCUGCGGUCAAUCAUCGCGGGAUCUAUUCAAUCAAAUCCCUCGGAAUACUCGGCAGCAAUUUUGGGCAAGAAGCCGGACGAAUAUUGCCAGUGGAUUCAAAACGAUGACUCGUGGGGCGGCGCGAUCGAGCUCAAAAUUUUAAGCGAGUACUUCAAUAUCGAAAUCUGCUCCAUCGAUGUUAAAACCCUACACAUGUUCCAAUUCAACGAAGGUGCGCCGACUCGCUGCAUCGUGGUCUAUUCGGGCAUUCACUACGACGUCCUAGCACUCUCCCCCUCCGACCCGCCAUACACCCAUGCCAACUCAUUUGCACAUGGCGACACCAAGAUCUUUGACGCAGUUGACACAGUCGUAUUGGAGAAGGCGAAAGAGCUGUGUCGAGUUCUACAAGGCAAACAUUAUUAUACCGAUACCGCUGGAUUUUCCGUCCGUUGUAACACGUGUGGAGGCACCUUCACUGGAGAGAAGGGAGCGACCAAGCAUGCCUCGGAGACUGGCCACUAUGACUUUGGAGAAGCUGUUUAA